UUUUUUUUUUCUCUUUCUCAGAAAACUUUGAGGUUCGGGGAUUCUCUCUAAUGACAAGGCAGAACGCAACGACCAUCUGCCCUGUCUGAAACAUUCUUACAGCUUGUUUGCCGGACGUUGGAGUGCCGGGGACUGACUCCAGUCCGCUUCACGGACUUCCUCCCUCAGUAUAUAUGACGCACGCAUAUGUGCUUGAUAUUCCCCCCCUCCCCCCUCUCAACGUUUCCAGCGGCAAAUAUCCGCAUACAUCGUCGUUGAGGCCCCGGUUACCUCUUGUCGUCUCUUUAGUGCUGUGACUGUUGCUUUUUCCAUCCUCCUACUCACUCUUUCUUCGCUGUGAUCCCAUCCAUCCUCUCCAGACGGAGCCGCCUCUUAGAGUAUGGCGAAGAUCAACUCAGACAAUCGGAUUCCACCUAUCCCUCCAGUCCCUCCAGUCCCUCCUAUGCAUCACCCACCUGUUCAAUCAAACGAGCAGCCUCGUAUAGUAUCGCUCAACCCACAAGGCCAAGCGAGUCCAGACUACUUGAUCAACUCCAUGAACCGGCUCCAUGUACAGACCGAGAGGGCUUCCAGCAAAAACACGCAGAAGCCAGGAGGCAUAGCUGCCAUGAAUGACGUUGAUGCUGCCGCUCCCCUCUUCUACUUGGGGUAUACCUUCUUCAAGGCCACCCCCACCCCCGGGAAGAAGAGCAACUGGAGUCAGGUUGAGAGAGCGAAGAUGCACCUUAGCCAAUCAGACUUGAUGAACAUGGUGGUUAACCGGACCAAGAAGCUACCCAUGGCCGAGCAAUACCAUUCUUUGUCCGAAGUGAAGCGGGCCCACGUCGACCAACUGAUUCACGAGCUUAGGUCCAGCGGUCCCCGCUUCGAAUGGACUUGCGUCUAUGUGAAGGAGGACAAGAAGCCUGUUAGGGGAAAAAAUUCUCGACGCGGUGAUUAUGAGACGGUCUCGUUAGGAGUCAUCAUCCUGAGGAAGGCUGCAAGCUUAGUAUACCCGCAGGUUCCAGUCGAUGAACCUGUGGAGAGAAUAGCCCCUACCAGAGACACCUUUCAAAUGCCUACCAGUCAUAUCCUCUUCAAUAAGGAACCCAGGUUGAGCCAUACUGUUCCUCCAACCGAUCCGUUGACUAGACACGCAGGACCUGCUGUUCACCAGGGGCCUGCCGUUCAUCAAGGGCCUGCCGUCCAUCAGGGACCUGCCGCCCAUCAAGGACCAGUGCCAGCCAACAUGGCAAAUAACCAGCAGCCCCUACCUUCUGCACCACAGCAUUCGUUCCCGACAGGAGUACAGCGGCCUACCCCUCAAGAGCAAUGGGCGGCCCGGAUACAGCAGGGGAUGCCGCUUGCUGCGCACCCACAGCAUCGUCCUUCUGCAGAAAUUCAUGAUCCUGCAGCCCCCAUUACAGAGCAUGAGACGCAAAGGGUCAUCCCACAGAUGCCGGCCAUGUGGAAUGAUCCUCGAGGAGCUUCUGUCGCACCGGGUACGGUCCACCGAGGUCCUCAUGCUCAUCUCCAACCUAGCCCGUUGAAGCCACCCGAGAUGCAUGAGCCGGGUAAGACCAGGGUUUAUAACCCCGCGCAUUCUAAGCCUGAUCAUUUCAACGCAGCAAUGCCCGUCGCAGAGCCAGAGACAGACUUAGGCAUUGAGUCGAGUAGCGUGGGCGAUGGGGAGUCCGAGUUCGACUUUGACGACGAAAGUUCACUGUCCGAGGGCUCUGAUGAGGAGUCAGAAGCUGAUGAAAACCCUCAGCCUCAACCAUGGCGGGGCAGUCUCUACCGGCGCCAUUCGGCCCCCAGCACCAAGCAGGUUUAUCGAACACACUAUCGCAAACAGCCUCCAAAAAGCAGUUCAAAUCAGGGGACAGGUCGCAGUGGUUACCCUGCUGGCUCCAUUGAUGUCGUUCCUGCCAAGAGUAAUCACAACGACCCUAAGGUCAUUCUGAGCCGAGAAGCUACACGGCCGGCUCGAGAACGGCCCAAGGUUAUCCAGGCGCCUGCUCCUCCCGAAGGGUUGGACAUGAAGCAACUGGUCGAGGAGAGAAUUAGCCGCUAUGAUGGCGGACGGAUGCGAAACGAUAUUCGAACCCGGAUGUUGGACGAUCGGGAGGCGCGACUGGAGCAUCGUGAGAGAUUAUUAGACCUCAAAGCGCGGGUCCUGGAGGAGGAGUGGGACAGUGCAGGUUACCUGCCCCGACGCAUGUCACUCCGUGACUCAGGGUCAUUUUAUCCCCGACGAUAUCGUCCGUUGGACGAUCUUCGCUGAGUCCCAUGCAGCCAUUCAGUUUAAUUGUUGGGGUGGAUCGGGAGUUUGCUUUGUCCGGUUAAGUUCUCCGUUUAAUUUUCGGGCGUUUCCUCGGGUGAAGGGGGGAUGUGGGUAUGCUAUAACGUCAUUGUAGCGGGUGUGUGUUUAGUUUCAACACCAAUUUAGCUUGAUGGAUACAACUGGACUCGAUUGAAGCACAUGAAUUGAGGAGAAAUAGCAGACAGACUUUGCAGGUCACGCGGAUUGUUACCCAAUUGCAGUAGGGCGAAACGCAGCAGGGAAGAACUGAGUAGAAGAAUGGAUGCAGAAGACGG